AUGGGGAGUCUAGAGGCGAUGCGACAGUACUCGACUAGCCAGGCGCGCUACUUCAGUGAUGCCGAUAUUAUCAAAGUGGCCCAAGGCGUCUCUGGCAGUAUUGUUGAUCGCGGCAGCGUCCACAUGUUGGUGCCAUAUUUAGCAACAGGAGUGCAACACGGCCUCCAGCAGAUGGGAGCCUCUUCACUCGCCAAACUCCAUUCUAUGGCACUUUCUGGGGAGCUUCGUUUUGAGCGCCGCAGCCCAUCUGCCCAGAUCGAGGGCGGCGUACACAGUCUUCACUCGUGA